AUGGGGUUGAAUCACCUACUUGCAAGGAGGAAGUCGUUGUCUUCUCUUCGUGGUAAACAAUCGGAAGCUGGCUCUGUCACACCAAGUUCCACAACGCCUAGCGAUCAAAAGCCGAGGGAAGCAAAAAGUGCCCCUUAUACGCGUCCGAGCUACGCAACCGUCCUUGCGACCAAGGGUAGCUUUAUGGACAAGUCCGACUUGGGCAUCACGGAUGCAAGUAAGAGCCUCUGCCGAAAUUUACUGGAGAAAAAGCAGACGGUUCCUCAAGACUCCUUAUUUCGCGAUGAUGUAUUCGAGAAAGCUUGCCGAAAGAUACAAGACAGGAACGAGGCAAGGGUAGUUCAAGAUAUCACUCGGUUGAUCGUCCCUUCUGCGGAAACCCUAGCCACAUAUGGUGCCACACAUCUCGAUCCUUUAAUUGAAAGUGUCAAUGAAGGCUGGAAUAGCGCCGAACCUUUCUAUGGUCCUCGCCCACAGCUUGAUUAUUCUCUGGAAAAGCUCCAGCCUUUCGUCGGCGAGGUUCCAGAUACUUUUACGUCCCAUUUCAUGGCCACUUGGCAGAUGUACUUCCCGUUCCUGACUUGUGAGGUUAAGUGCGGUGCCGCGGCACUUGAUGUUGCAGACCGACAGAAUGCUCACAGCAUGACCCUGGCGGUGAGGGGUGUUGUUGAACUCUUUAGGAUGGUGAAGCGCGAAAAGGAACUCCAUCUGCAAAUCCUCGCCUUCUCAAUUUCACAUGAUCACGGGACAGUAAGGAUCUACGGCCAUUAUCCUGUAGUCGAUGGAAACAAGACCACCUUCUACCGCCAUCCUAUCCGUAAAUUCGACUUUACGGAACUGGAUGGCAAAGAAAAAUGGACGGCAUACAAAUUCACCAAGAAUGUUUACGACAUAUGGAUGCCGACUCACCUGAAAAGAAUCUGUUCAGUUAUCGAUGCGUUGCCCGAUUUUGAGGUCUCGCAGCAAUCUGAGUCAGGGGAAUCCGGACUUUCACAGGGGUUGGAAAGCCACCAUCUCUCUAACGAUGCCGCGUCUCUAUUGGAGGAAGCCGACAGUCAAUCUGGAGACGUUACUCCAGGUACUUCCAUGUCUCAGAGGAUUGAGGGGGGAGCAUUUAAACAGCCGAGGAAAAGGCCGUUGAAUGACAUCAGUGAAUAG